GUGUGUGCUGCGGCUGCUGCUUGUCACUCAUUCUUCGUUCUACUCGCGUGCGUUUCAGGGUAGCGGCAAGGACCAAUUAUAAUAUUGCUAUCAGAAUACAAUAGUUGGAAAACAAAUAUUUCUUCAGAACACAGAACUCGUCCAGCCAAGUCUGUCUAUCUAUUCUUCAAGGAGAAUAACUUUGUGAUAUUGCAAUGAUUCAAACAAUGGAUCUCAUCUGGGCAUUGCUCUUCUUUGGCUAUGCAGCCUCCCUGCAAGUGGAGAUCACACCGAUGCAAGGAGAGAUCAGCGUGGGGGAGUCCAAAUUCUUCCUCUGUGAAGUUGUUGGAGACGCAAAGGACAUUGAUUGGUAUGCCCCGAACGGCGAGAAGCUCUUACCGAACAGACAGGACAUCAUUGUGAACCGCAACGACGAGUCUUCGUCCACCCUCACUAUCUACAAUGCUGAUGUGGACAAUGCCGGUGUCUACAAGUGUGUGGCCAAAAAUGCAGACAAGGAGUCUCAGGGCACUGUCAACGUGAAAAUCUUCCAAAAGAUAACCUUCAAGAACGCCCCUUCCCCACAGGAGUUUAAUGAAGGGGAUGACGCUGACAUCAUCUGUGACGUCGUCAGCUCGCCUCCCGCCAGCAUCAUCUGGAAGCACAAAGGCUCAAAGAUCCAGGUUACAAAAGAUGUUCGAUUUAAGAUCAUGGGCAACAACCACCUCCAGAUCCGAGGCAUCAAGAAAACGGAUGAAGGGGCGUACACCUGUGAGGCUCGUGUUAUGGCCAGGGGAGAGAUUGACCUGAAGAUCAUCAAGGUCAUCAUCAACGUGCUCCCUAGCAUCCGCACCAGGCAGUCGGAGGUGAAUGCCACGGCGGACAUAAACCAGUCUGUGAUGCUGGCCUGUGACGCUGACGGCUUCCCUGAACCCACAGUCACCUGGGCCCGUAAUAUCAUUGUCCUUGAAUCGGACGAUAAAUACAGCUUGAAUGACGACGGCUCGGAGCUGAUAAUAAAGGAUGUCAAGAAAGUGGAUGAAGGAGAUUACACAUGCAUUGCCCGGAACAAGGCUGGGGAGAAGGAGGAGGAAGUCAGCUUGAAUGUGUUCGUGCAACCCAGGAUCACCUACCUGGACAAUCAGACUGCAUCAGAGCUGGAGGAGCAGAUCACCCUGACUUGCGAGGCCUCUGGAGACCCCACUCCCACCAUCACCUGGAGCUUUGGCCGGAGGUUCUUCACAGAGGGAGAGCAGGCUUCUUGGACUCGGCCCGAGACGUUCGAGAGUCUUGAUGGGAACGUAAUGGUGCGUAGUCACGCACGGGUGUCCUCUCUAACCCUAAAGUACGUGCAGUUCACCGAUGCUGGCCAGUACCUCUGCACUGCCCGCAACUCCAUUGGUCAGGACCAGCAGACCAUGUACCUGGAAGUGCGCUAUGCUCCUAAGAUCCAGGGCUCAGUGACGGUCUACACCUGGGAAAGGAACGCUGCCAACAUCAGCUGUGAGGUUCUGGCCCAUCCGGGGGCCUCGGUGGUGUGGUUCAGAGAUGGCCAGCAGCUGCCUAGCGCGAACACCACCAACGUCAAGAUCUACAACACACCAGCCAUUAGCUACCUCGAGGUCACCCCAGAUUCCCAGAAUGACUUUGGAAGCUACAACUGCACAGCCACCAACUUAAUCGGAACAGAGUCCAAGGAGUUCCUCCUCAUCCAAGCAGAUGUGCCGUCGGCGCCCGCCAUCGAGCGCGUGGAGCCUUUCUCUAGUACAGCCGUUGUAGAGUUUGAGGAGCCCGAUGCCAGCGGCGGAGUUGCCAUCCUCAAAUAUCGGGCCGAGUGGCGCAUGAAGGGCCAAGACUGGACCAGCAGGGAGUACGACGCAGAGGAUGGCCUGAGCAUGAUCACCAUCGUUGGCCUGAAGCCCGAGACCUUCUAUGAGGUCAAGAUGUCUGCCAUCAACGGCAAGGGUGAGGGCGAGAGCAGCACUCCUCUGAACUUCAAGACAGAGCCAGUCCGCUAUACUUUCACAAUUUCGUCAGUGACACCAACCUUCAUUCCUUCAACCAGUGCAGCCCUUAGGGAGCCCAGUCCCCCUAAGCUGGAGGGCAAGCUGCAGACCAUGGGCAACGCCCUCAAGGUCAACUGGAUCAAGCAGGACGAUGGGGGCUCGCCCAUCAAACAUUACCUGAUCAGAUACAGGGCUAAGCACGUUUCGGACUGGAAGCCGGAGAUCCGUCUGCCCCAUGGCAGUGAGUACGUGGUGCUGAGCAGUCUGGACUGGAACACGGAGUAUGAAGUCUACGUGGUGGCCGAGAACCAGCAGGGCAAGUCCCAGCCCGGCACCAUCUCCUUUAGGACUGCAGCAGAGCCUACCGCCAUCCCAGACACCAUGACUAGCGGCUCAGGCCUGGGCACGGGGGCCAUCGUGGGGAUCCUCAUCGUGGUCUUUGUGCUGCUGCUGGUGGGUGUAGACGUGACCUGCUACUUCCUCAACAAGUGUGGCUUCCUCAUGUGCAUUGCCGUUAAUUUUUGCGGCAAGUCUGGACCUGGAGCAAAGAACAAGGACAUCGAGGAGGGCAAAGCAGCAUUCAUAAAGGAUGAGUCAAAGGAGCCCAUCGUGGAGGUGAGGACAGAGGACCGCACCCCGAACCAUGAAGGGGGGGGACCCACAGAGCCCAAUGAGACCACCCCUCUUACCGAGCCCGAGCACACUGCUGACACUACUGCCACCGUGGUGGACUUGCUCCCCUCUAUCGCCACUAACUCUGACCCCGUCACUGAGAGCUUUAGCACAGCCCAGAAUAGCCCAGCUAGCGAGACGACCACCCUCACUUCCAGCACAGCUGCCCCAACCCUUGCUCCCACCGAGGCCAAAACUUUCCCUAAUAGCACCCCUGCCCCCAUCAUCCAGUCCAGCACGCCCAAAGCUAGCGCUCCCGCCGCUCAGUUUGCCGCACAAUCUGACGUGGCUCCCCUCGUCGACCUAAGCGAGGCUCCAAAAGCCACGCCCUUGUCCGACCCUAAGCCCGCCACCCCCACCUCCAACCUCCCCUCUGCCAAAGCCGAUGCCGCUUCACAGAGCCAGCCCGAACCCGUCCAAAGCACCCCUGCCAGCGACAGUCAGAAUAAGGACUUACAGAUAGACUGCCUGGCCAAGGAUGUGUUUGAUACACUGGGCAAAAGCUCAGAGGCCCCAGCAGACUCCACUGCUGCUCCCGCACCAGCCAAGGACGACGGGAAAAUCAUGACGGAAGAUAAAAGUUUAGCGCCAGAGAUGGAGACAGAGGUGAAGAAAGCCCCGACCGAGGUGAAGACCGUCCCCAAUGAAGCUGCUCAGACAAACGGCAACGAGAGCAAAGCAUGAUCCCGACCGCGAGAAGGGAGGAGGGAUCAGGGGAGGGUUCACGACAGUCCAGAGGAAAACGUCAAACACCACUCCAUCAAAUGACAAAAAGCUAAAAAAAAAAAAAGGGGUCUCUUUCUUCAGUGUCUUCUAUUAGUUUUCCAAACAAAAGAUGAGUUUGUGAGACAUGUAGAUUGGGAAUAAGACUUCAUGCACAUGCCUUAGUGUUUCUUUCUUUCUUUAUCUCUUAUUCCUUUUGUAAUUUCCUCUCUUUAUUCACGGGAAGAAGGAAAAUCCUUACCUCUAGUUCACUCUCCUUGUCCUCCUUUUGUAUAUAACAUCAAAGUUACCAGUCUUUUAAAUAGGACAGAAGCUAAAUAUCAGUUGGCAUAGAUAACCAUGGGGGAUUGUAGCUUUAUUUCAGAACCAUGCCUUUACGAUGUGCACACAUAUAAAUCCAACACCUUAUCCACACACUAUUUCCAGUUAUGUUUUCACUUUGUUAUGCAGUAUUGCCAUCAAUAUUUUCACUGCUAAUGGAUUAUGAGUACGUUUUUAAUGUUUGUCAUGUUUAAAUCGUGUGCAAAAGUAACUGCCUUUUAUUGUAUCUUUAUUUUUCAUUUAGAAUUUUUGAGAGCUAGAGAUUAGCAUUAGCAUGUCUACUUUGCGGUAAAAUAUUUUUCCAUAUGUUCUUGUCUUUUUUUGUUUUCUUUUCGUUCCUGAAUGUUUACACUGUGUUAACUAUCCUAAGAUUGUGUAGACACAACAAAACAAAAGAAGACACCGUAGAAAGACAAUGUUUCAUUCCACAGAAAUUACGCAAUUUAUUGACUCUAAGAUUCCAUUUUUUGGUUAAAUUGCUUUGGUUUUAAUUUGGCAAGAACACACACUUUCUCUCUCUCACACACAUACCUCUAUAUCUUUGUCAUUAAGUCUUCAAUUAGAAGCGCUUUGGACAUGUUCCACACUCCAAGGGUUUCAGGGAUCACCUUUAAUCCCGAAAAUGUUGCAGGUCCCAAGGGCUCACAGGGAGUGACGGGCAUACAGAGUAGCACGGCCCACCAUCUUGGCUUACGGGAGAAUGAUGUAAUCAAAAAUUCAGAUUACUGUGCCUGUUGCGAACAGCACUUCCGGUUUAGUGAUUGGGCCACAUCUCAAAAUGUAAGGGAAGAAAAAAAGUUGGUGUUGUGUUUUUAAGCAUAUUUUUAAGCAUAUAAACACAUUUAGUGGCCAGAUUUAUUAAUUUCUUAUUUAAGCCAUAGUACUCCAGUGUGGAUUUGGGAAAAUCAAAACAAAUAUUCAAUCUGAACUUUUUGUACAGUGUUUCUCAUACUUUAGACUGCAAGCUUGUGCACUGUGAAUGCGUGAAUAUCCUAGUGUGAAUACAAUGUGUUCUUUGUCAUAGAAUAAAAAACAUAUGCAUAGUUUGGUUAUGAAAGGUAUAGCUAAUAGUACAGAUGAGAAAAAAGUUGGCAGCAACAAGCAAAUAGACAAUGACAAGAUCAAAAAGACAAUAAGGAGAUGGUGCCUUCUGAAACAUGUCAAAAUGGCGGCAUGUGUUCCAUCCUGCUCAGUGUUUGCCUAUUCCACCUCUAGGAGGCGACGGCGUAAGGUUUCACAUCCUAAUAGUUCUGUCCAUCACCAUGCCUUUUCUGAACGGUCCAAGGAAAACACAGGAAGAGUACUGACAAUGUAACUGAUUUGUAAAGUGUGAAAACAAUACUAAACGGCUAUGUCAUUGAGUUAUUGAAUAUGGAGGUGUUAGGUUGUGUCCACAUUGUUUUCACAUGGCUCCUCAUUCACUAUUUCUCCAUGUGACUAAUGCAAAAAACAGUUUCAUCCCCAAGCAAACAAGGAAAAACACAAUUCAUUCCAAUGAUUAACUCAUAACUACACCAAGAGUUAAGUUUCAAAACAAACACAUAACCUUGGACAUUAUUAAAUACGAUCUCAUUUGGCUUAAAUGACUUGUAGUGCUCACGGUUUGUCCUCAAAACAGAGCAUCCAGCAAUGAAGGUCAAAUGUUUUUUUUCUUGACCUGAAACAAGCAUGCAAUGUACUUUUAUCUUGGAUUUAGAUGGAUUGCAUUGGUGUGGCACUGAAAAGUCCCUGAAAUAGGAAUUGACCAAGGCUUUAUCUGUUGUACAUUGAUCUAUUGAAGUGUAUAAACUGUUGUCUGUUCCAAACUUUUAGUUUUCUUCAAAAUAGACAUCAAGUGCUUUUACUCCAAAAGGUUAUGUAAUCUAAAGGGGUAGGUGUGUCAAAAUGACACUGUUUCUGAUUAAAUGUGUAUAAACCAUACCUAACGAUUAUGUCAUUUGAAAAAACAUUAUGGGUUUCUCUUGUCCCAAAAAAAGCUGGAGACUGCUGUGGCUUUUGACCUGUAUUUUCAAAUGGAAUUAUAAUGUGGGACCAAUUUCUAUAUACGUUUCCAUGGAAAUGUUCACCAGUGCAUCGUGCCAUGGAACUUAUUUCAGAAAACAAGUCAGGGAACGAAAAAUGCUAUACAUUUAUUUUGUUGAAAAUUCAGUAAGAAGGAAAAACUCUUUCUCUGACUUCCUCACUUCCUGAAAGUGACCACUUACCUGACACAGUUGGCUUGGUGAAAGUGAGGUGUCAUCAUAUUGCUUUCACCUCACCAAACAUGCCAGACUAUUUCAAGGAAUAGAGGAAGUAUAAAACUGUUUUUCAAGUGUUUGAAUGGAGACUAGGGCCAUAUUCAGUAAGAAAACACUGUGGAACAUUGCAGAUAGAAAUGCCAUUGCUAGAGCUGACGUGAUUUCUUAUGUGUAGGCCCUACGAGAUAGGUAUUUUUGUUCUACAUCAUACAUUUCUAUCUAAACGCUGGUAAGCUUUGUGUCCUGCUGAACGCUGCCCAGCUAUUCCAACAAGCUUUGAAGUCUCUUACUCCGAUAGCCAAACAAAAGUCUGUAAUGUUUCAUUUUCAAUCAGAUAGGGGCCUUGUCCUUCCAAACCAAGAUCUUUCCCAGUAACUUCCAUUUUCACUCCUACCCACCAUUCCUUGCUUUUGGGGGCCUUCUCUCUUAUAUACAGAUUUUUACCAAGUGAAGCAUUGGUACCACCUCUCUUUCCACUGUCACUGGUGUAAAUACUGAGUACUAACCGAAAAAAAAACAUUUUGACUUUACAUUCUGUCAGAAAUUGUGUUCAAUAAAGUUAAAGAAAAAAAUCA